ACAAUUACAGUCGAACUUCCCUAAUUCGAAUUUUUAUAACUCGAUCAAAAUUGUGUGGCAAUAGCGUUACUGAGCAAAUUACAAACAAUUCUGCUUCCGUAAGUCGAAUUAUCCAUAACUCAAACAAAAAUAUUCUUUGUCAGUCGCGCUUAACAAUCUUUGUGGAAAGCAUCAGGGCAACAUUUUUAGCCAUGGGACCAAAACGCGCAUUAAAAUGUUUAUCACUUGAAGACAAAUUCAAGCUUAUUAAGGAUAUUGAAAGUGGAUCAAAAAAUAAGGAAGUGGCUGAGAAAUAUGGCAUUCCAUCGAGUACGGUUUCCACUAUAUUAAAAAAAAGGGAAUUAAUUGUGACAUCAAUGGAAUCGGGAACUUCUUCUGGAAGUAGCAAGAGAUCGAAAAAACCAGCUUUUGAUAGAAUCGACAAAGCAGUCCUCGACUGGUUUACAACAGCCAGAGGUCAAAACAUGACCAUAUCUAAUGGGAUAUUAAAGGAGAAAGCAAUGGAGUUUGCAAAGCGAUCUGGUGAUGAUAACUUCAAGGCAAGCACAGGUUGGCUUGAUAAAUGGAAGCAGAGGCAUAAUGUUAGUCAUCAGGUUUGCAAGGCCGGGUUUCCUACAGAUGACGACAUUGCUGAAAACUAUAGCUCCCAUUUGGUGGAAACUAUUUUAAGCGAAGCGGAAAGCAAUGACGAAGGCUUGGUAGAGGAUAAUAUUUGUCAGCCCUCCCUGAGCGAUGUGGAAAACGCCUUUAAAACGUUGACUGUUUAUUUGCAAACCAAUAACUUUACAAGUGUCGAUCACUUCAGGGCCUUAAAAAAACUAGAACACCUUUUUUUUUUAGAGAAUAACAAAAAAAAUAAUUAUCAGACCCUAAUUUCCGAUAUUUAAAGUUCUACUUAGCUUGGAGAAUAAAAGAAAAUUUAAUGGAUAAAGUA